CAACAACCCCUUCUACGCAACCGUAUUACAAAGGCUCGGAAACACGUUCUCCUGUGGGCGAGGAGGUAAAAAUCGUGGCUCCUGCAGGAGAUCACCGAAUGCUGCACAACCCGGAUGUGAGGGGGACGUCACCAGCAUAAUUCCAGCGAACACCCACGACGCAAACGCGGAAGAGAUCCUUCAAUCCUCUAUAUCCAGUGCAAAAGUAUCGUAUUCCUCGUAUAAAUGCAAGUCUUGCAUCACAAACAAGGUCCGAGCACGGGGACAGAGUCCCCGUGCGGCGACCUUCCGGCAUUUGUCUGGGACGAGUUCGGGGGUUGUGGUGGCACUGGGUAGGCAGACCACUGCAGCCCGGUGUUUCUGUGUGGCCUGCGUCCUCUGAUCCACGACAGAUCUGCGGACGGAGCCCCUCUGCUUGCCCACACUAGGCCCGUUAACCUACCGCGAACAAAGAGAACAGAAAGGAAGAGUCUGGCGCUGGAUCUGCAGCUGGCCCCUAGGUCAUGACGCGGGGACCGAGUCCCCGCGAUGACCUAGGGCUUUUGCCCCUGGGCCGUGCGGCUAGUUUCCGGGAAACGCCCAAAGCUGGCCCCUAGGUCAUGACGCGGGGACCGAGUCCCCGCGCUGACCUAGGGCUUUUGAUUGCCCCUGGGCCGUGCGGCUAGUCUCCGGGAAGCGCCCAAAGCUGGCCCCUAGGUCAUGACGCGGGGACCGAGUCCCCGCGCUGACCUAGGGCUUUUGCCCCUGGGCCGUGCGGUUAGUUUCCGGGAAGCGCCCAAAGCUGGCCCCUAGGUCAUGACGCGGGGACCGAGUCCCCGCGCUGACCUAGGGCUUUUGCCCCUGGGCCGUGCGGUUAGUUUCCGGGAAGCGCCCAAAGCUGGCCCCCAGGUCAUGACGCGGGGACCGAGUCCCCGCGCUGACCUAGGGCCUUUGCUCCUCGGCCGUGCGGCCGGUUAGUUUCCGGGAAGCGCCCAAAGCUGGCCCCUAGGUCAUGACGCGGGGACCGAGUCCCCGAGCUGACCUAGGGCUUUUGUUCCUCCUGGGCCGUGCGGGUGGUUUCCGGGAUGUAAGCGCCCAUAGCUGGCCCCUAGGUCAUGACGCGAGGACCGAGUCCCCGCGCUGACCUAGGGCUUUUGCCCCUGGGCCGUACGGUGUCCGGGAAGCGCCCAAAGCUGGCCCCCAGGUCAUGACGCGGGGACAGGGCCCCCGCGCUGACCGAGGGCGCCUUUCGUCCCUGGGCCUUGCCAACGGGGCCCGGGAAGCUCGACAGGCUGGCGGCCUGCGUGACAAACUGGAGUCCGCCAUUGCACAUCUCGCGUGGCGAGGUCCCAAAGUGUGUCCGGGGUGUGUCCAAAAGUCUGCCCGGGGUGUGUCGGAAAGUCGGCCCGGGGUGUGUCCGGGGUGUGUCUGGGGUAUGUUCGGACUUUUUGCCUGGGGUGUGUUCGGGGGUCUGUCUGGGGUAUGUCUGGGGUGUGUCUGGGGUGUGUCUGGGGUGUGUCUGGGGUAUGUUUAUACCCCGCCUGUUGCUUUUUCGCCAAAAAAUUGCAUUCCGCCCGUGAUUGACGGCCAUUUGCAUACCCCUGACACACCCCCGAACAUACCCCAGAACAUACCCCUCGCCUGCAUUUUUGACCAGCUGCUGCAGUUUAGAUAGUAAUCUUGUUCCGAAGGCAAAUCAGCACUACAAAUUUUAUUUCUCAUGCUGAGGAGAUUUGUAAUGCAUUUAUACGAGUGCGAUACUUUUGCACAGCAUACUCUACUACCACCACCAACGCGGAUCCGAAUGAACGGACGAAACGCGCGUACACCAGUUUGCAAUUAAGAACCAGAACCCGGCAGAUCAUGUCGAUUUUGAAAAACGACGUUUUACGUGGGCAGAUGUUCCCGUUAUUUUCUGGUAUGGUGGUCACCUACUGGCUGGGCCAAGCGGGCUGCAUCACCACCGGCGCCUUCGCAUAUCCAGUGCAAAAGUAUCGCACUCGUACUAGUUGCAGCCAUGCAUGACAGAUCGACUUUCUAAGCGAAAACAGCAUUACAAAUUGCAUUUUUAAUCUUGAGCAAAUUUGUCAUGCAGUUUAUACUAGUGCGAUACUUUUGCAAUGCAUAUCGCGCAUGGCAUGCUGAAACUGACAGUCUACUUACCCGUGAUUUUCGCCAUCUGGGUGGCCAGGGCGAGCUUGCGGUGGCAGGAUAUGAACUGCAAAAGCAUCUUACUCGUAUAAAUGCAUUACAAAUUUCGUCAGCAUGAGAAAUAAAAUUUGUAAUGCUGAUCUGCCUCAAGAAAAAGAUUUGUAAUGCAUGACUGCAAUACGAUUACGAGUGCGACACUUUUGCACAGGAUACAGGAGCCGAGGCAUUUAUUGUUGGAAGAGCAGCUGACGAGCUUAGAAAAGAAGGUAGAAAAGUUGAAGAUCCUCCGUUACAGUAUCAAACAGUGGCGAGAUUACAGUCGGGAGUUGUCACUGGUGUUGCUGAGUAGUUCUUGCACCGGCUGCACCGAUGGUGGUGACGGUCGUAUCGGCUGCAGUACCGGUCUUGACGGUGAGAUGAACUACGCAAUGAAUACCGGAACAAGCCAGGAGGAAGCUGCUGAAGAUGACCACCACCACUCACAUUCCCAAUCCCAAUCCCAGCAAAUGACCCUCCAACGGGAAAACACGAACCUGUCGCGCUUCGACCAACUCGUGCGUGCAAAAUCCGCGACGAGUCUGAAAACGGUGAGAUUGGAACGAAAGUCCUCCUUUCACUUCUUCAAACGGUCCGGGACAAGUGGCGCAGGUGCGUUCAACAACAAGGCCGGGUUGUUUGGCGGACCCAGUUCACACACGGAUGAGGUGGAAGCGAUCAAGGAUUGUCACAGAUCCGACCUGUUGAAGGUCAGGAGACAGAUGUUUACCGCGACAAACUCGCAAAGAACGAGCG